UGACGUCACAUAGCUCACGGGGGAAGGUAAUCGAACACCGAUUGCUCCAAACGCGCAUGCGCUAAAGAUGGCUGGCAGCGGUGGACCCGGACCUACCGGGGCAAGUGACGCGUCACAGGGACCAGUGGCCACUCGGUUAUUGGAACGUUUGAAAUCAAGAAUUACAGAUGUGUUGGAUCAACCUCACUUGAACUUGGACUACUUCCAAUACAUUGUGAAUCAAGAAGCAUUCAUUCUGACAGCUGCCUCCAGUACUUUGAACAUCCCACCUGAAAUUGUGUCGUGUCUUCUAUCGUUGCAAAGUAAGAUCGACUCAGCUGUUGCCCACGAGAGUCCCUGCACUUUUAUUAGAACUGGAGGACGAGGACGAGGACGACCAAAAUUCAUUUUUUCUGAGGAGCUUCUUUCUCAGCUCAUCGACAUCCCUUUACCUGUGACUUGCAUCGCCAAUUUGUUGGGGGUCAGCCAGAGCACAAUCUUCAGGCGUAUGCAUGAACUUGGCUUGUCCACCCGUUCUACAUACAGCAACCGAACUGACUGUGAAUUGGAUAAUGCAGUUCAGUCCAUCAAAAGCAGGAUCCCAAAUGCAGGUUAUAGAAUGGUAAAAGGCUGUCUUCAAGCUCAUGGACAUAGGGUUCAGUGGGAUCGGAUUAAACAGUCCAUGCACAGAGUUGAUGCUCCAGGAGUUUUGGAGAGAAUGACUCAGCUGGGGUGCAUAGUGAGAAGGAAGUAUUUUGUGCAACGGCCUUUAUCGUUAGUCCAUGUCGACACCAAUCAUAAGCUCAUACGAUACAACAUCGUCAUAUUUGGUGCUAUAGAUGGGUACUCGAGAAAGAUUUUCUAUCUGGAACCUGCCACAAAUAACCGUGCAAACACUGCUCAUUCAAUUUUUCUCAAGGCAGUGGAAAACUAUGGCUGGCCUUCCAGGGUCAGGGGCGAUGAAGGUGUGGAAAAUGUGUCCAUUGCUGAAACGAUGUUCACUGUGAAAGGCACUGGAAGAGGGAGCUUCAUAGCUGGGCGCAGUGUGCACAAUCAGAGGAUUGAACGCCUUUGGCGAGAUGUCUGGACCAGCGUGACACACCUUUACUAUGAAGUUCUUCAUAGUCUUGAGGAAGAUGGCCUGUUGCAUUUGGAAGAUGUCGUUCAUUUGUUUUGUGCGCACUAUGUCUUCCUUCCACGUCUGGCAGAGGCCCUUCAGACUUUCACAGAAGGCUGGGACAACCAUCCUUUACGGUCUGAAGGAGGACUCUCCCCAAACCAGCUCUGGGUUAUGGGCCACAUGAAUACACCUUCUGACACUAAUGAGGAUUUGCAGAACUUGGAGCUAUAUGGAACUGACUGGGAAAUGUUUGAUGCUGUGCAUGAGGAACCAUAUGGAGUUCAAGUCCAGGAAAUUGGGUGCCCUGUGACUCAGGAUAUUAUUGAAACUGUCCAAUCCAUGAUACAACCCCUGGCCUCAUCAGAAUCAUUUGGUAGAGACAUUUACAUUACAAUGGUUCAGUGUAUUGAAAGUCUAAUGGCAACACAAGAAAUGGCUGACACAACACAACCUUGAAAAAUGUAAUUGUUUCAAAAAAUGCAUGCCUUACAAAUGUUCAGUUUAACAUGAGACAAGAGUCCCAACAUUGAUUGCAACUUUUUCAUGACUCUCCACAACAUUCGUCACAAUUACAUUUUUGACUUUUAAAACUUGCCUCAAAACCCAAAAAAUGUUUGUGGGUAUUCUGAAGAGUAACAUGGAGGUAAAAACUAACUUUGGAGUGAACUACCAUUUAUAUAAAAACAAUGGUUUUGUAACAGUGAAAUUAACAAAAGAUGACUGAAACAGAAAGUUGUCAGGUAAAGCGGCAAUGAUAUGUUGCCGUUACCUUUUUUCUCUUUUCAUAGGAUGGCUACACCCUGUCAAAUGUUUGCCCAUGGGACACAGCUAGUGUCAAAAUGUUUUUGAAUUCACUGUAUGUUCUCAGGUGAGCUGAAGGGAAUGUGACAGUGCGACUGCAGGCGCUUACAGUUGGAAAACAAACUGUGUGUUGUGUGUCACAGUCAUGUUGGAACUGUAUAUUUAUGAGGAACUCCUUCUUCUCGCUUGGCUGAACAGGCUUGUGUCGUUGUCCAGUCAUCCACUGCAUGAUGCGCCCUACUGUCAAGCCUUCUGGAGUAACACUGCUGUUGCUGGGGCCCUCGUGUUCUUAAUGAAGAGAUGAACACAAUGUUAGUCUGAAUUGAAAACGUUUUAGUUUUCCAAUUGCUAAAUACCUUACAUAUACAGAACUUAUUGAAUUUUUGAGUAUCUGAAAAUUUCAUAAAUCAAAGUUGAAACUACAUAGAUUUUAACAAAAGCUGUAUUUGUUGUGGCUAGAUGGCAAUGUUGUGGCAAUUGUUUUGACACCCUAUUAUUGUCAGUACAACUGUACAAAUCAGCCAUAUGUUACUCCUCGCUUAAUGAAACGGUGUUAUCCUAGAGCUCAUAAUAUGACGUUUUAUGAGUUACACGAUUGUCAAUGGUGGCAUCAAGUUUCAAAAAAUGCUUUGAUUUAAUGGGUUGUAUAGUUAGAAUCGAUUAAACCAUUUAUACUGCACUAUAGAAAAUGUACCGCAGGAUAACAGACAAAGUUAGUCUCUUUAGCACCCCUAUCUUGGCUAAAACAUACCAGAGUCUUCAAUUUCCUGUAGGUAGUCUUGAAGAAAGUUCAUGAUAUGUACUUCCUUUUGGUGCUUGGCAGAACCAAUUUCACUAUAGACAGGACGGGUGUUCUCUAGGAGGAAGGCAGCAUCAGCCUUUAAGAAGAAGAAAAGGCAUUUUAGUUUGUGUAAACAUAAUUCUCAAAAAGACAUUCACGCUGAAUAAAAAGCAGUCAAGAAUGAAAUAUACCUCAACAUCUUCCCCUGGAAUAAACAGUUUUUGGCAGAGAUCUUGAUGACUGUUCAUGACUUCAGGGAGAUCAUACAGCAUCAGGCCUUUCCUGAGCUGGUCGAGCAUGGGGAGGAGCCUCAUGGUGGAGUGAAGUAUGACAGUUCUAAUGGACAAAAUGUUUCAGCAGAAGAAUACACUUAAGUAGUAUACCUAUUGAAUGUCUUAAUGAAAAAUAAAAAUGUCACCAAACA